AUAUAAUCCUUUUUAAAAUAAAUAUGACGGCACAACCUGAUGUUGCCAAAGUUUCAGUACUUGGUUCGGAAUCAAUUAUUGUUGGUUUCCAUUUAAGUGAAUAUCUUGUACGUGACGUUUUGACAAAUAUCCCAGCCUCCAACUACGUGCUUAUCACCGAUACCAAUUUGGCACCCCUUUAUUUGGACAAAUACGUCAAUGCCUUCAAGCAAGUAAGUAACGAGCUUUAUACGGCUAAAGGAGAGAAGGAACCACGCUUCUUUACCCGUGUUCUGCCUCCCGGAGAAAUGUCCAAGUCUCGUAAAGUAAAGGCAGAUAUCGAAGAUUGGCUUCUUUCAAAUGCUGUCACUCGUGAUACAUGUUUUUUGGCAAUGGGUGGCGGUGUCAUGGGUGAUUUGAUUGGUUUUGUAGCCGCUACUUUUAUGCGUGGUGCUCCCGUUGUACAGAUCCCUACAACCUUGUUGGCCAUGGUCGAUUCUUCCAUCGGUGGUAAAACUGCGAUUGAUGUACCUGCCGGAAAGAAUUUAAUCGGUGCUUUUUGGCAGCCUAAGCGUGUAUUCAUUGAUGUCAACUUUUUAAGAACUUUGCCUGAACGUGAAUUUGCUAACGGUAUGGCUGAGCUUAUCAAGACUGCAGCUAUUUCAGAUGAAAAUGAUUUUUGUAAAUUGGAGAAUGGCGUAGAAGCUAUUCGUCAUGCAGUUUUAGGCAAUGAUUCUAAUGUGCCCAACCAAGGUGCUACAUUAGAUACCCGCACCGAAGCACAAGACAUGUUAAUGGAUGUGAUUUUAGCCUCUGUUCGUUUCAAGGCAUAUGUUGUCACCAGCGAUGAAAGAGAAGGUGGUCUUCGUGGUCUUUUGAAUUUUGGUCAUUCCAUCGGUCAUGGUAUCGAAGCCAUUGUUUCUCCCUUAAUGCUUCAUGGUGAAUGUGUGUCGAUCGGUUGCAUGAAGGAAGCAGAAUUAGCUCGUAACUUGGGUCAUCUCAACCAAGUCGCUGUCGGCCGUUUAGCCCGUUGUUUCCAAUCAUACGGUUUACCCAUUUGUAUGGAGGAAAAGAAGGUCAAGGAUAGAAUCGGCAGUAUUUACUGCCAUGUAGAUGAUAUCAUGGAAAUUAUGAAGGUCGAUAAAAAGAACCAAGGCGAUAAGAAGCGUAUUGUUAUGCUCUCUGCCAUCGGUAAAACUUUAGAACCCCGUGCUUCCAUCAUUGCCGAUGCAGAUAUUCAUAAGGUCUUGGCCCCUGAACAACUCGUUUUGCCUGUGACCGAAUCCCCUACUGGUCCCAAGAAAGAAGUUGCAUUAACCACACCCGGUUCUAAAUCCAUCUCUAACCGUACCUUAUUGAUUGCUGCUUUGGGUAAAGGAACUGUUCGUGUUAAGAACUUGUUGCAUUCCGAUGAUACACAAUUCAUGUUGGCUGCUUUAAAGAGCUUAAAUGCUGCUGAUUUCGAGUGGGAAGAUAAUGGCGAAACCUUGGUCGUUCAUGGUGGUGGAGGUAGACUUAGUGUACCCGAUAAAGAGCUCUAUGUCGGUAACGCCGGUACUGCUUCUCGUUUCUUAACUUCCGUCUUGACCAUGAUCCCUACUGCUGAAGGCGCUAAAAACCCUACCGCUAUCUUAACAGGUAAUGCUCGUAUGAAGAUGAGACCCAUUGCUCCUCUUUUGGCUGCAUUAAAGGCAGAUGGUGCCGAGAUUGUUUCUCUUGAAAAGGAAGGCUUCUUGCCCAUUGCUGUAACCCCCAACGGUGGUCUCAAGGGUGGUCGUAUCGAAUUGUCUGCCUCUAUCUCUUCUCAAUACGUUUCUUCCAUCUUAUUAUGUGCUCCAUAUGCCACCAAAGAAGUCGAACUCGUUUUGGUUGGCGGUCAAGUGAUCUCACAACCUUAUAUUGAUAUGACAAUUGCUAUGAUGGAAUCAUUCGGUGCUGUCGUUGAACGUCUUCCUGAAAACACUUACAAGAUCAAACAAACCACCUACAAGAACCCCGAUAACUAUGUUGUUGAAUCGGAUGCUAGUUCCGCUACCUAUCCUUUAGCCAUUGCUGCUAUCACGGGUACCACAUGUACCGUCACCAGUAUUGGUUCCAACUCUCUUCAGGGCGAUGCUACUUUUGCCAUCAACGUACUUAGACCUAUGGGAUGUACUGUUGUCCAAACGGAAACGGCUACUACCGUCACUGGUCCCCCCAUCGGUCAACUUCGUCCUCUUCCCACCAUUGAUAUGGAGACCAUGACAGAUGCAUUCAUGACUGCCACUGUCUUGGCUGCUGUUACAUCUCCCGCUGAUCCCAAGGGUGAAAAUAUCACACGUAUCACUGGUAUUGCUAACCAACGUGUAAAGGAAUGUGAUCGUAUUGCUGCUAUGGUGCAUGAAUUAACCAAAUUCGGUGUUCAAGCAUCCGAAUUGCCUGACGGUAUUCAAAUUCACGGUAAGCCUAUCAAGGAUUUAAAGUCACCCAAGGAAGGUGUGCAUACUUAUGACGAUCAUCGUAUCGCUAUGAGUUUCUCUGUAUUUUCAACUGUCGUGCCUCACGGUACCAUUAUUAUGGAAAAGAAAUGCGUCGAAAAGACAUGGCCUACUUGGUGGGAUGAUCUUGAAGGUAAAUUGGGUGUUCGUUUGAACGGUGUGGAUUUCGGUACCAAAUUAUCGCAAACCGAAAAGAGUCUGGGUCGUACCCAUGCCAAAGCAACCAAGAAUAUGGACGCUGGUAAAUCCAUGGUGAUUGUCGGUAUGCGUGGUGUUGGAAAGACCACCCUUGGACAAUAUGCCGCUGAGGUAUUGGGAUUCAAGUUCAUCGAUGUGGAUCUUUACUUUGAAGAAACUUUAAAGACUACCGUAUUUGACUUUAUCAGUACUUGGGGUUGGGAUCAGUUCCGUAUCAAGGAAUCGGAAUGCUUGAAACAAUUGUUAGGAAAGGACUCAGAGUAUGGUCGUGAAUAUGUUAUUUCUUGUGGUGGUGGUAUUAUUGAAACCGCUGAAUCCCGUGAUAUUUUAAAGGAACACACCAAGAACGGCGGUAAAGUGUUGCAUUUGGUGCGUGAUCUGGAUCAAGUUGUUCGUUACUUAAAUCGUGAUAAGACACGUCCCAUGUAUGGUGAGGAUAUGAUGAAUGUUUGGUGUCGUCGUCGUACUUGGUACAAGGAGGUUUGUAACUUUGAAUUUGUUGCCUAUGCGAAUAGUAUCGUGGAUGACGGUUACGUUUCCCCUACCGAAUGGUUAGCCAUUAAAAAGGAUCUCCAAAGAUUCCUUUUCUUCAUCAGCGGUCGUGAUACCAACCAAGUAAACACUACUGCUGGUCGCGUCGGAGUACCCACUACUUUUGUAUCAUUGACUUCCAAGGAUCUUAACGCCGUUCUCGAAAACCUUGAAGAGAUGUGUGAAGGUGCUGAUGCUGUUGAAUUGCGCGUGGAUCUUUUACAAAAGCCUGAUUCAAAGAGUGAGAUGACCUAUAUUGAGUAUGUUGGUGAGCAACUCUCUCUUUUACGUAGAAUGGUGCCAAUUCCUGUUAUUUACACUGUGAGAUCGAAGGGCCAAGCGGGUGCCUUCCCUGAUAACGAUGAAGAAGGUAUGUUUGAAUUACUCACUUGGGGUCAACGUUGGGGUUGUGAAUAUGUUGAUGUCGAAACUUGUUGGAGUCCUGCCAGUAUUGAAAAGCUUGUGUCCUCCAAGGGCGAAAGUCUCAUUAUUUCCUCUUGGCACGAUGUUCAAAACGUUACACCUUGGGAUGGUAAGGCUAUUCAGCUCAAGUAUGACACCUGUGAAAAAUAUGGUGAUAUCAUUAAACUUGUUGGCAAUGCUCAAAGUUUCCAAGACAACAUGGCACUUGAAACAUUCCGCGCUUCCAAGAAGGAUGGUAAAGAUCUUAUUGCUAUCAAUAUGGGUGCUGCCGGUCAGUUAUCUCGUGUGAUCAACGAGUGUUUAACUCCUAUUACUCAUCCUGCACUUCCACAUAAGGCCGCUCCUGGUCAACUCUCUUUAGCCGAAAUCAAUAAGGCUCGUCAUCUCAUUGGCCUUUUACCUGCCCAAAACUUCUGGUUGAUCGGCACUCCUAUCCAACAUUCCAUGUCGCCUACUCUCCAUAACACUGGUUUCAAGGUCUUGGGUCUUCCCCAUCAAUACGGUCUUUUGGAAUGCCAUAUGGUUGAAUAUGCUGAAGAUGCUAUCCUCAAGGAUCCCAAUUUCGGUGGUGCCUCUGUCACUAUUCCUCACAAGUUAGCUAUCAUGAAGUAUCUUGACGAGGUGUCCGAUAAUGCUAAGGCAAUUGGUGCAGUGAAUACCAUCUUUGUGCGUGAUACUCUUGUAAACGGUGAGAAGAAGCGUGAAUUCAUUGGAGAAAACACUGAUUACAUUGGUAUGAAGCGUUGUAUUCAAUCCUUGAUGUUGGAUGCUACCAACCCUCCCGAGCAAGGUCUUGUGAUCGGUGCUGGUGGUACUGCUCGUGCCGCCCUUUACACAUUGCAAAAGAUUGGUAUCAAAAAGAUCUACUUGUGGAACAGAACCAUCUCUAAGGCCCACGAUCUUCAAAAGGCCUUUGAAAACAUUAUUGACGUGGAAGUGAUUGAUUCUUUGAAUGCCAAGAUUGAACCUGGUGUGAUUAUCUCUACAGUUCCUGCCGAUUCCGGUAUUGAGUUACCCGAACUCUUGUACGGAGGCAUCAAGGGUAUUAUUUGUGACAUGGCUUACAAGCCUCGUCGUACAAAGUUGCUUUUGCAAGCUGAACGUAAGGGUUGGUCUUGUGUUGAAGGCAUCGAAAUCUUGAUCUCUCAAGGUAUUGCUCAGUUUGAAAUCUGGACAGGAAAACGUGCUCCUAUUACCAAAAUUGAAGGUGAAGUGUUGAAGAAGUAUGAAUUAUAAACAAGAAAAUUCAUCGCAGAAACAAAAAAAGUAAUAUGUAAUAAAAAUGAAUUUUGUAUUUUUAAAAGCCAU